AGGCUUAGUGUGUGUGUGUGUGUGUUUAGAUUUCUGUUAUUGCUGAUUAUUUAAUAUUCUACGAUUUCUGCGUUGGUGACUGCCGGGAUAACAUGGGUUCAUUGCUUAUUCAUUUUUCUAGGAUGAUUUCUCGAAUAUAUACAUUAUUGAAAUAAAGUUUUAACAUACACAUUGAUUGGACAAUUUAGACCAAUGAAUCAAUUAAGUAAAAAUUCUGAAUUUAUAACAAUGUCUUCCGAUACAAGUAGUGAUAAUUCAGACACUACUCGUAGAAUUCAAAAAAUAGCUGAUAGACACGAAGAGAGUGGAUCCAAAGUUAUAGUAUGUAAAACUGAAUGUACUGAAAACGUUUUAGACGACCCAUACGAUACCAAAAAACCUUCUGGGUUAUCUAUCUCAUUGAGAAAUUCAGAUUCAAAUGGUUCAUGUUCUGAUAGUGUCGAUACUUCAGACUUGGACGAAGAAGAGACCUAUAGAUCCGAUACGGAGAAUCUAGAAAAAAAGCGAUCUAUUGAAAUAAGUUUUGAUAUAUUAAAAAAAGCGUUAUAUCAUGAAAGAAUAAAUGAAGUUGAAAAGAAGUUAGUUGAAGUGAGAUUGGGUACAGCUGAAGAAUACCGUAAACCUUCAGAAGAAUUACAAAAUGAAAAGAAGCGUCGACUAGCCAUCAUUAAAGCACGGCGAGACUUCGAAUCAAUAAAUAUGAACCAUAAAUAUGAGGCACAAAAACAAUCAAUUAUUCAAAAUUUUGAGAAUAAUAAGGAAAUUUUAUAUGAUACUAUAAAAGCUGAUUUAGAAAAAAAAAUUCAGCGAUUAGAAGAAGCACGUAAUGAAGUAGAUAUAGAUGCUGCUCUUUGGUUGGGUCGUAGUUUAAAAUGCAGUGGACGUGGGCGUGGACGUGGACGUGGACGUGGACGUGGACGACAACUCUAUGGCCAUGUACAACCCAAUCAGAAACCGGCUAUUGUAUCUGGGCCAUGUAUAGUCUACAACCUCAGAGAACAUGAAAUACUUGAGGAUUGGAUUACGAUUAAAAAGUCUCUAUUAUCGUCAAAACGAAAAGAAAAUGCUGAGCAUCGAUAUAAACCAUAUAAUUAGAGCAACAAAUUAUUUCAGAAAGUUCCUUUGUUUGUAUUUUAAGUAGGGAAUUAUACCAAUUCUUUUAUGUACUAAUUUAACAAGUAAACCUUUUAUAAUAUGUUGUCCCCCUUCUUACACUUGAAACCUUAAAUUCAAAUCAUUCAAUAUAAUAUUUUCUUGCUAUAUCCUUGUUUAUAUCAAGUUAUUAAUUGACAACAAUUUUUAUUCUUCUCUACCAAACUAAAUAAAUAUUAGAAUGAUUUAAAAAUGGGUUUCUAUUUGAAUUAAAAAACUUACUAUUUCAACUCUAACAGAUAUAAUUAUUUCUUAAAUUGUUAGUGUCGUAUAAUAAAUAAAUUGUUUCCAAUCUUAACUGAAUUGAGUAAUGUAUGUACCAGAAAUCUGUUCUACCAAACUUGCCAUCUGAUCAUAACCAUUAUACCUAUUAUGUCAUUAAUUAUAUGUAGUAACUGGGUGCUAUGAAGUUUUUGAUAAUUGGUAUUGAUGUUGCCUUGAGUAGAGGCCUAGAUUAAAUGGACUAGAGUUACUGAUUAGAUAUUCUGUUUGUAUUGCUCUAUCUAAAAAGUAUCUUGUAUCAUAUUGUUGUGUAUAUUGUAUUUCAUUAUUUCAAUAUUUGUAUAAUACUUAUUGUAUUAACACGUUUAUGGCAGUACUGCUAUAGCAGUAAUAUUAAAAGUUGAUGUCGGGGGCAUUUUUAAAUAUUACUGUUAAGCAGUGUCAUAAAAACCUUCCAAUAAUGUUCAUUACUGCUAAAGCGGUGAUAUUUUCAAAGGUGUCUUAUGAGGGGAUAGAUUGUUGUGUCCCCCGACAUCUCAGCGUACAAUUUUGCA